AUGGCGACCCCAUCAAAAGGCGAUAAAACUGCCAAUACAAGUGAUAAAACUACCCAGCCUCACAAAAAACGACCGGAGGACGGACGAAGGGCACAUUCAGCGGGACCAGAUAAACCCAGACCUCGCGAGUACAUGCUGAAUGCACCGCCGCGAAACUACGAGAAACGGCAUUUUCCUGAGGUGUGGACUGGAAGUCUUUCUCCACCAUGGGCAAUUGAUAUCAGGAGCAGCAGCGAAAUUACCUCCAGCGGGUCUGCAGCCUCCUUCGCGCAAUAUAUUGAAGAAGACAGUCUGGCGGACGAAGACAAUUGUGUAAAAUUCGCAGGUGAUUUUCCUGCUCUGGAAGACGCCGCCUUUGAGCCCUACCUACCUUCUGUCUCUGCACUGGAGCCAUCGAGAACAACGGAUGGGACUAAGUGGAGUCUAGAGUUUCCACCCGGAUGCAUAAUUCUACCCACAGCAUACUUCGGGUUGACAAGCAGCCCUCCUAUCAGAAGAGCCGAGAGUCCACCAGCAUGUUCGUUUACCGGACUUUACAGGCGACCGCCGCUGACACGACAUGCCUCCCUCACUGACCGUCCACCCUUCUAUCCACCUGGACCGAAUCAGCAUUGGAAAUUUGUCGCGGGAGCCCCUUCUGGGAGGGGUCAACGGAUACGAGAAGCAAGGCAGCUCUAUCGGUCACCACAGAGCAGACGGGCACUCGGCACGCCAGCCUGCUAUAAAGCGUCUUCCAGCCUCUCCCCUCUAAGAGGCCAUGUACCUCCAGCUUGGAAUACCCAGGCCAGUUCACGAUCCCUCUCCGGAAGCACUGCAAAGAGAGACAUGACCCAGAGAAGUAGGCCACUUAAAAGUCAACAAACGGAGAAAAGUAGGCGUGAUUUGUAUCGGUCUGAACCACAGCUGAACAAGGUUGCGACUCAGUCAAAGUCCACGGGGAACCGAGAACAGAAGAGAAAGUUGGCGGUGGCGCCGAACAAGACCUCUCCC